AUGGCUGAAGGAAGCCUGGUGGGCGACUUGGGUGAGCUGAUAGCCGAACCACUAAUGAUUUACUUCCAAGCAGGGAGCGGACAGCUGGUGACAACAGUGCCUGGUGGUACCACUGAGGAGGAUACAAAGCAGACCACCGCUAGCAGUAGCAGUAGCAGUGCCAGUGCCAGUACCUCGACCACGAUUAUCAGUGCGACCACUUCGAGCACGGUUAUUAGCACAAGUGUUGCCGUUGAAACCUCUGUCUCCACUCACACCACCGAGGAGGUAGUGCAGACGAGCUCAAGUGCCGCAGAACCAGUUCACAAAGAGGAAAAAGAGGAGGUGCCAGUGUCUUCCAACGGCAGCAUUCCUGAUGGGCAGGGCAACGACUUUAACACACCACCGGGCGCUAUCCGGUUCCCUUGGAAUUACGGCAACAGCGACCACGUUGUUCCCUUGACACCCUCAUCCAAGAACGGCGGCUGGGCGAUGUCGCCAGACCAAUUGUGCAAGUCCAACUCCUGGUGCCCCUAUGCAUGCAGCCCAGGGUACUACUCUGCACAGUGGGAUACCACAGCCGUGCUGUACAAUGGUGAUCGGUCGAUGAAUGGUGGGUUAUAUGCGGAUAGCAAGGGACAGCUGUCGAAGCCAUUCCCGGAGCGUGCAUUCUGUGAGCCUGGGAUGAUGAAUGCUGGGAUUAAGAAUACUUUGGGUAAGUCGGUGUCUGCGUGCCAGACUGUGUACCCGGGAAAUGAGGCGAUGAUUAUUCCGUCGGUGGUUCAACCCGGUACCACGGAGCAGUUGAACGUGGUGCCGAACACGUAUUGGUUAGGCACGUCAUCGCAGUUCUACGUCAACCUCGCAGGAUCCACAGCCGAGCAGUGUGUCUGGGGUAACAGUGAUAAGCCUGUGGGCAACUGGGGACCGUAUAUUUUCGGUGGCGGACAGGGCAAGGACGGAAAUACUUAUAUCAGCGUGCAGUUUAAUCCGCUGUACCACUCGGCUGGGUUCGAUAUUUCGGCUGCGUAUAACGUUAAUAUUGAGUGUGUCACGGGCAAGUGCAAUUUCCCUGAGGGCGGACAGUGCAGGUGCGAGAAGGGUGUGUGCUCGGUCAGUAAUGGAUGCACAGUCACUUUGGGCCAGGGUGCCAGCGCUAACUUUGUCCUUUACUGA